AACGGCGACUGUGUUUCAAAAACAAUAGAGAAAAAAAAUUAAAUUAAAAAAGUGUUCCAAAGACUAAUUACAAAAUAAAAUGUAAUCCUUACUAUAAUAUAUAAAGCAGUAAAUUGAAAAUGAUUAAAAUGGUGAUAUCAUCUCUGUUGACGAAACAUUCUAAUAACUGUCCAAGCUAGUGAUACGUGUAGAAUUAACAGCUGCCUGUUUAAAAAUGAACGUAAUUAUUGAUAUUUCGUGAACACCCUGUUUACAAAACACCCUAGUUUUGUUUACAAAUGGCGCAAAAAGAAACCGAGCUGCCAAAAAUGUAAACCAGAGACCCGCAUCAAGGCGACUAAGACUAGCUGGCGGGCAAAAUAUCAAAGCCGCCGAAAACUUUUCAGCUUAAAACUGCUCCUUUGUAAAAGUAUGUUAAUGGAAAGUUUUAACUUGUAUAAACCGAUUCUAAGAAAUUAUUUCAGAAUUAGUGUAUAAUGCCUUUAGGAAAUCCAUUUUACAGCACCAUUUUCCGGUUGGUAACUUCUUAAUUAUUUAAAAUCGUUGAAAAUUUAAAAAUAACUGAAAACACGAUUUUUAUCCUCCGCCGUUGUUACAAUUGCCUGCUUUGUACGCCGUUAAUAUUGGUCGGCACAGGGCUUUAAUGUAAACAUCUGCUUAAAAAUUGCAAACAACAAACUAAAUCAGUGAACAGAAAUUUAAAAACUAAAUUAAACAAUAUAUAAAACUUAUCAAGGCCUGUAAAGUACAAUGUCUACCACACCCACAAAAAUAAAUAGCCGGGAACAAGAUUAUAAAACUCCCAAAAAACAAAAUGCUGCCAAAACGAAAACUCCGAAAUCGAAAAGUUUAAAAGCCGUAGAAAAUUUAAUGCAUCAUGAAACAAAUACAGAAAGUUCAGCCUCUAACUCAGCAGCUGAUGAGCCCUUUGAAGUUUUGGUGGAAGAUACCGAUGAAGAAAAUACCUUGGAUACGUCUAAGACCUGUAGAAGGUCGGGACGCACGAUAAGCCCUAAUAAAAGGUAUGCGGGAGAUUUUGUCUUAGAUUCUGGAGGAGGUCGUAGUAGUAAUCGUAAAAGACAAUCAAAUGCUCGAACUGAAGUCACUGACGAUGAAGAGGAAGAUACAGAUUUUGCUAUCGAUACUGUGGCCAAACCUAAAGCAGGUGAUUUACAAUUACUAGAGGAUGAAGUAGAGCUGGCGGGCAAAGAAAUGUUUGGUUUUAAUACUCCAAAGAAAAAGGGUGGUAUGGCUUUGGCUGCUAUGAAUACACCUAAAAUGCCGACAACACCAAAAACACCUAAGACCCCUGGUCGGCUGGGUAAGACACCAGAUGGUAAAAGAGCCAAAAAGACAUUGGAACCUAAAACUCCUUCUAGAGUGCGUAAUAAAGUUAAAAAUCAAAUUGCCAAGCUGGUGGAAGCAGCUUCUGGUUCUGAUUUCUCUGGGGAUGAAAGUGAUUUUGCUCCGUCGGGUAGUGAAAGUUCCUCUAGUGAUAGUGACUCCUCAGGAGACGACAAUGAAGCAGAUGAUGAGCCUAAAACACCUUGCAAGGGACGUAAACCCAUAGUAGUGCCCGUAUUACCCAAAACCCCCUCUGCGGCUCGUUUAAGGCAAUCAUCACGUGUUAAGAAAAAUGCCGACUACGUACCCGAAUGUGAAAGCUAUUUUCAAUCACACUCUAGCAGUAAAAUUCUUACAUCUGAUCACACCUUGGAUCGUUUGAAAAAUCCACGUUUACCGGCUGAUCGUUUAUUUUCACUUUUGGCAGAAAUGAAAUUGUCUAGCGAACAUGAAAGCUCCAUAAAUGCCAUUAUGGAAGAAUAUAAAUCAUAUUUUCCCAAAUGGCUUUAUAUUCUAAACGAAGGCUAUAAUAUUUUGCUAUAUGGUUUAGGCUCUAAACGCCAACUUUUACAAUCAUUUCAUCGCAUUGUCCUGUCUCAACAAUGUGUACUAGUAAUUAACGGUUUCUUUCCUAGUUUAACAGUUAAAGAUAUUCUCGAUAGUAUUACGAAUGAUAUUUUAGAUGCUGGCAUUAGUCCGGGUAAUCCUCAUGAGGCUGUUGAUAUGAUUGAAGAGGAAUUUGCUUUAAUACCUCAAACACAUUUAUAUUUAAUCGUACAUAAUCUUGAUGGUUCUAUGCUAAGGAAUUCAAAGGCUCAAUCGAUUUUGGCGCGUUUGGCAAAAGUUCCAAAUAUUCAUAUGUUAGCAUCGGUGGAUCAUAUUAAUACACCAUUGUUAUGGGAUCACACAAAACUUAGUCAUUUUAAUUUCUCUUGGUGGGAUUGCACCACUAUGCUGCCAUAUUCGGAUGAAACCGCCUUCGAAAAUUCCCUUUUAGUACAAAAUUCUGGCGACUUGGCAUUAUCGUCUUUGCGCAGUGUCUUCUUAUCGUUGACCACUAACUCUCGCGGCAUUUACAUGAUUAUCGUUAAGCAUCAAUUGAAAAAUAAAGGAAAUGCUAAUUAUCAAGGCAUGCACUUUAAGGAUCUAUAUUGGAGCUGUAGAGAAGCCUUUUUGGUUAGUUCAGAUUUAGCUUUAAGAGCUCAAUUAACCGAAUUUUUAGAUCACAAAUUGGUUAAAUCAAAAAGAAGUGUAGAUGGUUCUGAACAACUAACCAUACCUAUAGAUGCUGGUCUAUUGCAGCAGUUUUUGGAUGAACAGGAGAAAAAAGUAUAAAAUUUUGAAAAGUAUUUAAAAGUUAUUUAUUGAAUUCAUAAAAUUAUUAGUAGAGAUUUUUAAAAUAGUUUUUGAAAUAAAAGUACAAGUUGUUAAAAAGGUUCUACAAUCAUUGAUCUAAAAUGGUUGAAAUACAUACUAAACUAUGGUCAUUUUAAGCAAUAGAUGGCGCUGACAGCCAUUUAAAGCCAUGCAAAUUUAUACUAAAAUGCAAGCAGUUAAAGGAUUCUUAAACUAGUUAAACGAUUUCAGUAAAACUGCUGGCUUUUGAAAGUUAAUCUAAUUCCUGUUUAAUAAAAAUGGUUUUCUUAUGAACAAUAACUUUCAUUAAAUUUUUACAAGUCAUUUAUAUAAACUAUUCAAAUAAUUCGAAAUUACUACUUUAAUUUACAAUUAAUAGUUAAAUAUCUUAAACUAC